AUGCUUUCCAUACGUCUUUCAACACUAUUUCGGCGAACGCCUUUUUCUCUAAUCCGUUCGGCGCAUUCUAGUCGUCUUGAUCUUGAUCAAUUACUCGAACGACUCGACGGGGAAGCCCAUCGUCGCGGUCGAUUGAAUCCGGGUCUCGUCCGUGGUGCCAUGUAUAAAGCAGCUGUCGAACUAAAUGCAAUCAAUCCCACCCAAGCUCUCCUUCUCAUUCGCUGUACGGGCUCCUUAUUAAUCAGUGAAUUACCCUACCAAAGGCAACAGGUGCUCGAUUAUAUGAUGAAAACCUUCAAACAAAAACACGUGCCAUUCGAUGUCACUCACUACAAUUCCUACAUGCGUGUUUCACUGCAAAACAAUCACUUUUUCGAUCCAUUGAAAGUUUUAGACGAAAUGAAACAAGCGCAGAUAGCACCGAAUUUGACCUCGUUUCGAUUAUUGAUCGAAUGUUAUGCAAAGCAAGGACGAUCCAAUGAGAUACAAAAAAUUCUGAACGAAAUGAAAAUGUCGAAUUUCAAUAUCGAACCAUUGACGUUAACUCAUUUAUUAAGUUCUUACGCAGAGAAAGGUGAUGUGGAACGGCUGGAAAAUAUCUUCAAACUUUUCGAUGAAUUACAAUUGAAGCCUAUAUCUGAAACUUAUGAACAAUUCGUUACUGGAUAUUUGAUACAAGGAAACGUCGACCAAGCAAAGAAGCACUUUGUUGAAAAUGCGUCAAAAAUGGAUAAUGAUUCGUUAUUCCGAUUGAUUUUUAAAUGUGCACAAUGUCGACAGAAAGAUCUAUUCGAAUUAAUCAUUCAAUCGAUCGAUAAGAAUAGUUUAGCAGAUAUUUGUGUCCAAUACAUUCUUUGUGCAACUGAAUUGCUUGAUGCUAAUCUUGAUGAUUAUGCAUUUCUUCUCGUUGAUUCGUUUCCAAAACGUGAUGAAACUCUUCGUUUCGAUGUAAUUAAUCUGACCCUAUUGAAUCUAUUAAAGCUUCGUUUACCAGCACAUCACUUUCGUCCGUUUUCGACCCUGACGCUUGAAGAUAUUCACAAUCAUUCCGAUUCUUCAAUCAACUACAAAUGCGAACGCGAAUCGGUCACCAAAGAUCAUCUGAACAACUUUCGACAAUCUGUUCUCAAACGAGCUGUUAAUUUCAGUGAAAACAAAGAUCGUUGGCUUGCUGUUCAUCAACUACUCUACCAUGCAUAUCAAAGUCACCUUCCUCUUGCAUACAUCUACGCAAUCUAUGAUACAAUGCAGCAACAAAAUUUCACCUACCGUCCUCACUACAUCCGUCCAAUGUUAAUCAAACUUCAACGAAUAUUCGCUGGUAAUAGUCAAGAAAUGGCCAACAAGACGAGUCAACUUUUAGACUAUUUACAAAGAAAAUUCUCGUUGAAAUAUGAUAAUGAAACAUUAGAAUGUAUCAUUGAACAUUUCUUCGAUCGUGCUCAUUUGAAUCCGUUGGAAAUUUCUUUGAUUUUCAAAAAAGUGAAUAUUAAUUUGAAUAACACUUGGCAAAAUCUUUAUCUUUCAACAUUGAAGCGAAUUAAUACCGAUUUGUUAAACUCUCUUGUUGCACUCAUUCAAUCGAAUAAAGCCAUUCGUUUUGAAUAUACACCGAUCGUUCGCGAACAGACGAUUCAAGCUGUUCAGUCGUUAAUCAAUCAAUUGAGUGUUAAUCACACAAAAACGAACUCGAAUGAAAUAUUCAAUGAGCUAAAGAUCAUCAUAGAUUUCGUCGAAACAUUAAACAAACGAUUUGUCAAAACUUCGGAUGAUGUUAUUCGAUUGAACGAUGGUGUCUUAAUCAGUAUAAUCAAUUGGUUUUCGGAGAAAGAUCGAAAGCAAAGUAUUGAUUUAUUGCGAAAGGUUUUCCAGUUAUUCGAACAACGUUCGCAAACGAUUCCGUUGAGUAAUCAAACAAAGGAAAAGAUCUAUCAACAAUUAGGUAUGAAAACACUUACCGAAGUCAAUGACCAACUUCUGAAUACCUUCCAAGGCAAACGAGAAGAAAAGUGUAGCGAAGUUUCAUUACCCGAUAGUGAAGUAUCCUUUGAUGAUAGUGGAGAUAUCUACAUUAAAUCGAGAAAAACUGCACGAAAUUCAACGAUUGAAGAACUUGAAGAUCAAUUAGUCGAUUUGAAACGAAAAAACAUGAAUACAAGUGGAAUCCUAAGUAAAUUACUAACAAAAUAUUGUGUCGAAUGUCUGGAUAUCGAGCGCACGUUGAGUACACAAAUGCGAGAAUCGUAUAUGAAACGAAUUGGUGAAUUGGAAAGUAUCUAUUUCGAUAAAACCCAAACAUCCGGUUUUCCAUCGCUAGGUGUGAUUGCCAGUUUAAUUGAUUAUUAUUCUCGCGUGGACUUGAACCUUGAUAAAGUGAUUUCCUACAUAAACCUAGCGCACGAAAUCGAUCCAAAAUUUAAAUUGGAUCCACAUAAAUCGAUCAGCGUUGUUCGUUUACUCCUACAUAAAGAUUCUUUUGACAAAGCAAUAGAUUUACUGCAUUCAUUAGGACGAUAUGACACAGUUCCGAAUUAUAUCUAUCGUCGUGUACGAGAUUUACUACUUGAUGCGUAUCGUAUCCUUUCUUUCCAACAAUUUCACGAGUUAGUGAAGAAAUUAUUCGAAAAUAAUUACGUAGAUCCAUCAUCAAUUGUGCUUUCGUUACUCGUGCGCAAGUCUUAUCAAGAAAAUGGACCAUUGCCAGCAUUCGAAACUGUCAAAAAUCUUUUUGCUCAGUACAAUAACCUCGUGGGAAUAUUUCCGAUUAUUCGCAAAUUACUUCGAGAUGAUUGUACAGAAGAAUUAAAACAGGUCUUGAUUAAGAUUGGUCAAAUCCGCUCGCGAACUUACGCAUAUGAACAAUUAGCCUUUGUCUUGAUUCACGAACGUCGUUUAGCGGAGGCAAUGAAAACCUGUCAUCAUAUAAGUCAUGCGACGUUCGAAGAACAUUGUCAGCGGUACGUUCGCGAGCUAUUUGCAUUCCCUGCCGACUUUACACCUAUUGAUGAAGAAUCCAAUACCUCCACUCAUCCGCUAAUUAAUGACAUCUACGAAAGUAACCAUGUUUUUGAUAUGAAUGCAAUUUCACUUGUUCAUUUUCUUGAUUACAUCGAGCAAUAUCCAUCGAAUACUCGACAAUUAUCGAUUGAUACUUUAUUCUUUAGUUUAUUCAAAGCAUAUGAGAAAACCAAUCGAUUGGAUGAGUUUACGAAAUUAAUGCGUGAAUAUUCGGCGAAAUAUGCACGACAUUUAUCAUCGAAAACAAAAGAUGCAUUCAGCCAAGUCGGAAUCACUCUAUCAAUCAAAUCGUUAUCUUCGCGUAAACAAUCAACAAAACGUUCUCAUAAAUACGAAAGAUUUCUCCAUGAUCAUGAUUAUGAAGAAGAUUCUUCCACAUAA